AUGAAGAAAUCAGUGAAGUUAGCAACAACAACACCUGCAGGUGGAAGAGACAUUGAGAGUGGAGAUGAGAAGAAAAAAAAGAAAACACCAGGUGUUGGAUACUUUCAGCUGUUUCGCUUUGCCACCUGGAAAGACAAAGUGAUGAUGGUGGUGGGCAGUUUGUGCGCCCUCAUACACGGCGCAGCUUCCCCUCUCAUGCUUCUUGUGUACGGCGUGAUGACAGACACGUUUGUGGCCUAUGAGCGUGAAGUCCAGGAACUGAAAGACCCAAACAAGAAGUGCGACAACAACACCAUCUAUUGGAUAAAUGGCUCUACAUAUGAAACAGCUGAAAAUAGCACUGUGCACUGUGGGGUGGAUAUUGAAGCACAGAUGACCAUGUUUGCAUAUUACUAUGUUGGAAUUGGAUUUGGAGUUCUGGUAGUUAGUUACUUUCAGAUUUUCCUCUGGGUGUCAGUGGCUGCAAGACAAAUUCAAAAAAUAAGAAAGACUUAUUUCAGAAAAGUGAUGCGAAUGGAGAUCGGGUGGUUUGACUGCAACUCUGUUGGCGAACUGAACACAAGGAUGUCAGACGAUAUCAACAAGAUCAACAGCGCCAUCGCUGACCAGAUGGCCAUCUUCAUUGAGAGGCUCUCUACAUUUGUGUUUGGCUUCAUGGUUGGAUUCAUUGGCGGGUGGAAGCUGACUUUGGUGGUCAUAGCAGUGAGCCCGCUGAUUGGACUAGGUGCUGGGCUCAUGGCCAUGGCUGUGGCCAGGCUGACAGGACGAGAGCUGAAGGCCUACGCCAAGGCAGGGGCGGUGGCCGACGAGGUCCUGUCAUCCAUCAGAACGGUCGCAGCGUUCGGCGGAGAGGAAAAAGAAGCUGAAAGAUAUGACAGAAACCUUGUGGAAGCUCAGAAAUGGGGUGUGAAAAAGGGCAUGAUCAUAGGCGUUUUCCAAGGAUACCUGUGGUGCAUCAUUUUUUUUUGCUACGCUUUGGCCUUUUGGUAUGGAUCGAAAUUGGUCAUCGAGACCAAGGAGAUGUCCGCUGGAAGUCUUAUCCAAGUAUUCUUCGGAGUUCUCAUGGCAGCUAUGAACCUGGGCCAGGCCUCACCCUGCCUGGAGGCCUUCGCUUCAGGCCGUGCUGCAGCGAAGGCCAUUUUUGACACAAUUGACCGGAAACCAGAAAUUGAUUGUUUCUCAGAAGAAGGUCGCAUAUUAGACAAUGUGAAAGGUGACAUUGAGUUCCAUAACGUCACUUUCUUCUACCCAUCCCGGCCUGAAGUCAAGAUUCUCAAUGAUCUGAGCAUGCAGAUCAAAACAGGAGAAACCACUGCUUUCGUGGGGCCGAGUGGAUCUGGAAAGAGCACCACAACCCAGCUCAUCCAAAGGUUUUAUAACCCGAAGGAAGGAAUGGUGACUUUAGAUGGCCACGACAUUCGGACUUUAAAUAUUCAGUGGCUCCGAUCUCUCAUCGGUAUAGUGGAGCAGGAGCCAGUGCUGUUUGCUACAACCAUUGCAGAAAACAUCCGUUUCGGUCGACCUGGAGUAACCAUGGACGAUAUCAUCCAGGCUACAAAAGAGGCUAAUGCCUACAACUUUAUUAUGGACCUGCCACAGAAAUUUGAUACUUUGGUUGGAGAAGGUGGAGGGCAGAUGAGUGGAGGACAGAAGCAGAGGAUUGCGAUCGCUCGAGCUCUGAUCCGAAACCCCAGGAUCCUGCUGCUGGAUAUGGCCACAUCUGCCUUAGACAAUGAGAGCGAGGCUGUGGUCCAGGAGGCGCUGGAUAAGGUGCGCAUGGGCAGGACAACAAUUUCUAUAGCCCACCGUCUUUCCACUAUUAGAAAUGCGGAUGUCAUCAUUGGCUUUGAGCGAGGACAGGCUGUGGAGAAGGGGACUCACAGUGAGCUAAUAGAAAGGCAAGGCGUCUACUUCACCCUGGUCACCCUGCAGAACCAAAGCACACCCAACACAGCUGAAGAUGUGAUCAGUGAAGACUUUGAUCUUAAACCGAGGAGUUUUAGCCGCGUGAGCCGCAGAUCCAGUCAAAGGAGCUCUGUUCGACUGCGAUCUCAGAGCAAACUGUCAAGUGAUUUUGACGCAUCAUCAGACUUCAUACCAGAAAAUGUACUGAGGCUCUCUUUUAUGCUGUGUAAUGACUUUAUUUUACUACAAACUGCCCUGUGGAAAUGAAUGACUCUGAAGCGCAUUCUUUAACAGAAACACGAGGAUGAUCCAGAUGAACACGUCGAGCCUGCGCCAAUAACACGUAUCCUCAAGUACAACCAACCGGAAUGGCCCUACAUGCUGCUGGGCUCGCUGGGGGCUGCAGUCAAUGGCUCUGUCAACCCCAUCUACGCUAUCCUGUUCAGCCAAAUUCUUGGGACUUUUGCCAUUAGUGACCUGAACAAACAGAGGGAGCAGAUCAACGGGGUCUGCGUUCUGUUCUGCAUUGUGGCUGUGGUCGCUUUCUUCUCCCAGUUUCUACAGGGAUAUGCUUUUGCUAAGUCUGGAGAGCUGCUGACCCGUCGUCUAAGGAAAGUGGGCUUCCUGGCCAUGUUGAGACAGGAGGUAGCCUGGUUUGAUGAACCCAGAAACAGCCCUGGAACCCUGACCACCAGACUGGCCACUGAUGCAUCCAUGGUGCAGGGGGCAACAGGCUCUCAGAUCGGCAUGAUCGUUAGCUCGCUGACCAGCAUUGGGGCGUCUUUCAUCAUCGCUUUCUACUUCAGCUGGAAGUUAACUUUGGUGAUCAUGUGCUUCCUGCCGCUCAUCGGGCUGUCUGGGAUGUUCCAGGCCAAAAUGCUGACAGGUUUUGAAGUUGACAGUAAAAAAGCCAUGGAAGCAGCAGGUCAGGUGUCAGGUGAGGCUCUUGCCAACAUCAGGACGAUUGCAGGCUUGGCCAAAGAGAGCUCAUUUGUGGAAUCAUAUGAGGAGAAGCUCGAGCUUCCGUAUAAAUCUGCCAAGAAGAGAGCCAACGUCUAUGGGCUCUGUUUCGGCUUUGCCCAGUGCGUCAUCUUUAUGGCUUAUGCUGCUUCGUUUAGAUACGGAGGCUAUCUGGUUAGCGCCGAGGGGUUACAGUACAUGCUGGUUUUCAGAGUGAUUUCAGCUGUAGUUAUCAGUGGGACAGCACUGGGCAGAGCCUCCUCCUUCACUCCAGAUUACGCCAAAGCCAAAAUUGCUGCUGCUCAAUUGUUCAAACUAUUGGACCGAAUUCCUAAAAUCAGCACGAGCCACACAGAUGGAAAGAAAUGGGAUAACUUCAAAGGCAAAAUAGAGUUCCUCAACUGCAAGUUCACCUACCCAACUCGGCCUGAUACCCAGGUGCUGAACGACCUGGUUGUGUCUGUGAAGCCUGGGCAGACUUUGGCAUUUGUUGGUAGCAGCGGCUGUGGGAAAAGCACCAGCGUUCAACUGCUGGAAAGGUUUUAUGACCCAGAUGAAGGCCGAGUGCUGGUUGAUGGCCACCCCACUCAAACAAUCAAUGUGCCCUUCCUGAGAUCUCAGAUCGGCAUAGUGUCCCAGGAGCCUGUGUUGUUUGACUGCAGCAUAGCGGAGAAUAUUCAGUACGGAGAUAACACACGCAUUGUCAGCAUGGAGGAGAUUGUUGAGUCCGCUAAGAAAGCCUACCUUCACGACUUUGUCAUGACGCUACCAGACAAAUAUGAGACUCAGGUUGGUUCCCAGGGCUCCCAGCUGUCAAGAGGACAAAAACAACGCAUCGCCAUUGCCCGGGCCAUCGUCAGAAACCCCAAGAUCCUGCUACUGGAUGAAGCCACCUCUGCCCUGGACACAGAGAGUGAGAAGACUGUCCAGUCCGCUCUGGAUGAGGCGAGAAAAGGACGAACCUGUAUCGUCAUCGCUCACCGGCUGUCCACUAUCCAAACGUCUGAUAUCAUAGCAGUGAUGUCUCAUGGAGCCGUCAUAGAACAAGGCACACACGCUGAACUCAUGGUCAAGAAAGGCGCCUAUUAUAAACUGGUCACGACAGGGGCUCCUAUCAGCUAG